CGGAGAGAGAGUUCCAAAAAAAACCCGCCAUGGUGGUCAAAAACUACUCUAUUCGACGUAUAUACCCAAAAAUUGCGUGAUGCCUCGAAAAGCCCAUACGAAAUCUCGGUACGGGUGCGAUCACUGUCGACGCCGACGCGUCAAGUGUGACGAGCAAGGUCCCCCGUGCACGAAUUGCAUUGGCCGUCAACUGGAUGGAUGCACAUAUUCCCGUAUUCUGCCAGCAUAUCUGCUCAACACACGUCGAGGAAGCCAUGACUCUACCAAAACUAGUCCCAUCAGUCCUGGGCCGUUUGUUGGAGGCAAGGGUCUUGCUCCGCGACCGUCGUUACCAUCGUCGGGUGUUGAUGAGCUAGAGUUAAUGCAUCAGUUUGCGACGGAGACGUAUUUGAGUCUUUGUGUGAGCGAGUCGGAGAAAGUAACGUGGCAAAAACUCGUGCCUCGUCUGGCGUUGAAACAUCGAUAUCUUAUGCAUGGGAUUUUGUCAUUGGCUUCGCUGCAUAUCGCCACGACGCUGGAUCCGUCUCAAGCGCGUGUUUACGUUGAUACGGGUCUCGAGUAUCAUAGUGUGAGUCUUGAGCCGUUCCGCGUCGCAGUCGACAAUUUGACGCCAGAAAAUUGCGAUGCUGUCUUUGCAGAAUCGAUCAUCACCACGGCGAUCAAUCUAUCAUUACCGCAGCUUACGGCCGGGCAUGGGAAUGAGGGGAAAAUGACCGAAAACAUGAUGACGGCAUUCGAGCUUCUUCAGGGAGUCAAGAAGAUUUUGACGAUUGGUCGAUCGUGGAUCCGCUUGGAGCUUUUCUCCCAGGGCGAGUUCUGGAAAGAUACAUCUGCCGAGCUAGACGAGGAUACGGAUUCUGCACUGAAUCAAUUAUUAUUCUUGAACGACCAGAUCAAGUCGAGCAGCAAUGAAAGGCAACACGGGAUUCAUAGGGAUGUCAUUAAUCAUCUCAGACAUUGCUUCAUGAAGCUCUCGUGCUCCUUGGAUCCCGCUCCGGUCCUUGCUUGGCUCGGUGCUGUGGAUACUGGCUUUGUACAUGGCAUUCGGACGAGAUCGCCAUUUUCGCUUCUGAUACUCGCAUAUUGGGGUGUUCUUCUCGCUCAGCUUGAUGGUCAGCGGUGGUGGGCUCGCAAUGCGGGCAAGGCUUUGGUAACUGAGAUAUUGGUUUCUUUAAAUGGUGAAAAUCUCCUGUGGGAGGGUUGUCUGGCAUGGGUUCGGCGAAAAAUAGGCUUACAUGAUGCACAGAGGCAUGGUGUUCAGGGUUUGGGAAAAUCAAGUUAUAGCUGAUCCACUAGUUAGUUAGAGUCGGUGAUUACUUAAUAAGCCUGCACGGAAAACUGUAAGUUAAUUACUUUUUAUAACUAUAUCGGAU